CAUGCUUAAAUAAUCGCAAGAAUCUGCAUUAUUUUUGGCGAUAAUAGCAUUUAGAUGAAAGUAUAAAAACUGGACUCUUUGAAAAAAUUGACAUCACUUUCGUUGUAGUCUUCAAAACGAUAACAAACACAAAAUAAGAAAAAUGUUCAAAUUCGUCGUAGUAUUCGCCUGCUUCGCCGCUUUGGCUUUGGCCGCUCCCGCUCCCAAGGAAGAAAAGGAAAUCGUUGAAAUUCUGAAAUCGGAAAUUACCAAAAACGACAAUGGCUCGUAUCAGGUGGUUUACGAAUCAGCCGAUGGCAGCACUCGCGAAGAAAAGGCCACCAUUACCGAUGAGGGUACCGAAGAUGAAGCUCUUGAGAUCAAGGGUUCCUACAAAUACAUCAACGAUGCCGGUGAAGAAGUUGAAGUGUUCUACACAGCUGGCAAAAAUGGCUUUGUCCCAUACGGCAGCAUCAUUAAUCCCGAAAUCACAGCCGUAGCUGAAGCUGCCAAAGAUUUGCCCAAAUACGAUGAAGACUUUGGCAAGAAAUCCAACUAAAUCCGAAUUAUCUGAGAUAUGUGUAACGAAUGUUUGAAACUGGAAUUGGGGACAGGAUAUAACGCAUUUCAUCUCACAAACACAAUUUGUUUAAGUUUUAGAAGAUUAAGUGUGAUUUUUGAAAUAGUAUUUAGUAGUAGUAAGCAUGUAUGUAUGUAUGUGUCAGCGUUAUAAUAAAUCCCUCAAGAUGUAAAUCAAAAACUA